AUGAUGCUCGCAUUGAUUCCAUUGGUUGCCUUACUGCUGCUCGCUUCACCAGCCACUUCGCAGUACUACGGUGGAUACAGUCCAUACUACGGAUACGGCGGUUACGGUUACGGAUAUGGUAGCGGUAUGGGCGCAUAUAUGGGAGCGAGAUAUGGAAUGAUGCGCGGUGCAAAUCUUGGUGCACGACUUGGUGCGCUCGUUGGCGCUGCCAGCAGUCUUGGUAGAAAAUAA